UGGAAGAUAGGGAAGUCAUUCACAUUGUUGAUGGAAUAUAAGCCAUUUUUCCUUGAAUUUAUUUUGUUUUUAUGCUAGAGAAGAUUUGCAAGCUGGACACCACCUGUUCAUUAUCACACGUUUCAAUCUUGGGAGAGAAAGGUCUGUUUAUCAUUUCUGCAAAGAAAAUAAUUUAGUGCCAGAGGAUGUGGCAGUUGCUGUAUGGCUGGUUUCAGAUGAGGUCCCAGAGAGCGCCUUUGUGAACUUUAUUUGUUUUUGGAUUCUUUUUUUUUUUUUAAAGGAUUAAACUGUGAGGCCCAGUCACCUCUAAUGAGGUCUGCCCUUUCACUGUGCUCAGAGACCCCACAUGCAGCGGCAUGGAGAACCGGUGCUGCAAACACCCUCAACAACCCAAUGCCCAGGCCCAAGAGGCCUCACCCGGGUCACUGUCCUCCAUGCCUGAGUCCACUUUACUGUCUGGAGCUUCCUCCCUCAUCUCCCUUACCCAGACUGAGGAGUUUUUUGACCUGAUAGCCAGUUCCCAGAGCCGCAGACUGGAUGACCAGAGAGCCAGUAUAGGGGAUCGCCUGGGCAUCAGAAUAGCACAGAACAAUUUGGGACAGUUGUGUGAAGCAUGUAGUCCACAGGAACCUAGUGAUGAGUUCUUCAACAUGCUAAUAAAAUAUCAGUCCUCCAGAAUCAAUGCUCAGAGAUGCUCUUUGCCUCCAGCACCAGACCCAGAUGAAGACUUCUUUAGCCUAAUUCAGAGAGUGCAAUCCAAACGGAUGGAUGAACAACGGGUUUCUUUUCACUCUGAUAAAAAGGAUGAAACAGACUUAAAUCACAAGUCCAAAACCUUUGAGGACUCAGGCUAGAGACUGCUCAUUCUGAUGUGACCUCCACAAAGUGCUUCAGAAAUCCCCAACAGGACUCUCUGGCUGCUCAUUUUAGGAGAUCUUCAGAGGUUUGGGCUAGGGGGUAGUAAUUUAGGACACUAGCAAAAUUAUUUCAUGUUGAUUUAUUUCAUAUUUUUGCAGUCAAAUUACACAGAGGUGAUCGUAAAACCUGAUGUCAUUCAGAGGGAAUGGAAACUCACCUGUUUGCUGGAGCAUAUUUGUUCCAAUAAUUGUUAUUUUACAAAGGUGGUUGUGCAGAUUUCAAGGAAAACAACACCAUGGAAAAUUAUUAACAUACUGAGGCCUUUGAAAGGUAAUAGUACUAACUGCUGUCACACAACACGAUAUAGAUCGGUGUGACAAACAACUGUUCUGCAUAAUUUAGAAGCAAGUGGAAAGUAUGUUUCAGCACCCUGAAUAUGAAUUUGCUGAUUCCCAGCAGAUAGAAGCAAAUGCAUUUGACAUGACACUGGAUUUCCAUGGCUGGGAUCAGUUCAUCUAGUUCUGCUGAUAAGUAAUAUGAACUAAAUACUAAUAGUAACAGAUUCCCAUAAAGAUGUAAAGUUUAAUCCAUCUGUAGCAUUAAAAUUGUGAAUAUAUAUAUAUAUAUAUAUAUAUAUUGUCUGUGAAAAGUGGAUAAAGUCAU